AUGGGUCGUUCCGGGAUCAAGACCACACGGCAGCCGUCGUCGCUGUCGCGUUCAAAGCAACGCCGUUCGACAAUUGGAGGAAAGUCACGGUCCCCGCAGCUCAAACUCAAGCUGAAGAAAAAUAACAAACGCAGGGCUCCACCCUCCAUAUCGAGUGAUAACUCGUCCAGUGAAGAUAUGAAUACCGGUGAUGAGGAAGACGAUGAUGACGACAACGGGGACUCGAGUGAAGAUGACGACGAGGACUCGACCCCGGCAGCAUUUGCCCCGUCUUAUGGUGGCAAGAGACGACUUGGCCAUAAGACGGGGCGUACUGGUGGAAUUUCACUGCUGCAGGGUCGAAAGAAGUUGAAGAUGGUGCGCGGCCAGCGUGGAGUCGCUGAUGAUGUUCGCUCUGUCAGCUCCGUCAGUUCCGUUAGCCCUGGUGACUCGGACGGUUCUGACGAUUCUGAUGAUUAUCAGGGAGUCGAUGAAGUUAGUGGAGGCGAAGAUGAAGAGCUGAUGCUAGAACAGCUUGAAGAAGAGGUCAUUCUCGAGUCUGAAAAUGAACGGUCUGUUUCUAUCAAGUUCGCAGCGGCCGCCAGUGGUGGCGGUGAUGAGUGGACUGGGCUAGAUGACCUUGAGCAUCGCCCAUUCUACUCUGCUGGGUCCUUCUUUGAUGACGAGCAUCUUCUCAUGCAGUCCGGAGGACACAGUGAUAUCAUCGUUGAUGCAGGUUUGACCAGCGAGGCGGCUGAGACCCCUGUCCAACGACGAGUUCACUUUGAGUCGGAUGACUCGUCCGACUCUGAUGAGAAAUCUAGUGAUGAUGAUGAAUUGCUUCCAGAUUUCCUACAUCAGGAUAGACUUGAUCCUGAUCUACGACGCAUGAUCGAGACGGAUUCAGGACUACACAGGCGAACACGAAGUCCCAAUGAUCUUUUCAUUAACAGUGACUUCUGUGACUUGCCUGAUAACAUCUACCAUGUGGAAGAAUCCGAUAACUCGAUGGGAAGUUCAAGUGGUUACGAAUCUGAUGAUGGCGAAACCACUGAUGAGGAAGAUUACCUUCCGCUAGCCACCAUCACUCAUCCAAGGUCUAUCCUCCGCAGGGAGUCGAGUGCUUCACUCUCUGCAGAUGCAGAGGAGACCAGGGCGGACUCCAGCGCUCCUCAAAGAGGCCCUCUUAGAGGAACCUUCAUUGCUGACCCGCAUAAACCUGUUGCUGUCGUUGCUCCCAAUGGCAGACAACUGAUUCUCAUCCCCCCUUAUGCAUCUUCCCGCCAUGACUGGCUCGAGUCCGCUGCUGGCAGCUUGGCCAACACAGCCAACAAUUCUCCACGUACCAAUACGCUCCACACUAUCGACGACAGCGAUACUGACGCAUUGGUAUCUCCCCGUAACACUGAGAUGAGCCCAAUGCUAAGCUCCAAUGCCAACCUGAUGAUGAGUGCACUGGGCAACGACUCAGUAGGCCAAGUCAUGGGUCCGCCUGAGGCAUUCUACCCUACCAAUGGCUACUCCAUGGACGCUAGCUACGAUGAAGAAGAAGACGACAGCGAAGCCAUGCUAAACGUCGACGACUUCAUUGACUUCGGCGAUGGCUCAUCUGCUGAUGAAGGUGAACUAGACGACUUGGACGAUCCUACUUCUCCAACCGCCCCUUCAACCAUUGGAUGUCUAACACCAACGCCUCGACGCACAUCCGGUGCCACGGAGGAUGACCAAACGCCCACGCAAGCAAGCAGUGCCGAGCGUCUUCUUAACCACCUCGAUCGCGGCAUCGUCACUGCCUUCCGCCGUAACCAUAACAGAUACCAGGCCCUCAUCAGACUCCCACAUCACAGGGAGUUUUUGCCUGCUAACUCACCCUCUCAGCCUGCAAGUGCCUUCAAGCGCUCUAAUCCUCGCACUCCAACGAGGAAGAGACAAGCAAGUACGUAUCUAGGCAGCGAGGCCGUCCGGCGAAAGCUGGUCGACUCACAUCGCAGCCGGAGAAAUACUAUUGCAUAUUAA